AUGAAGGGAGAGCCCCAAGUCUCAGAGAAGGUGAAGCUUCUUAUUGCUGUACUGGCACUCCAGUUCUGCUAUGCAGGAUUUCACAUUGUUUCUAGAGCUGCACUCAAUAUUGGUGUGAGCAAAGUUGUGUUUCCAGUGUAUAGGAACAUCCUUGCUUUGGUCUUGUUGGCCCCUUUUGCUUACUUUCUAGAGAAGAAAGACAGGCCGCCUCUCAGCUUUUCUUUGCUUGUUCAGUUCUUUCUUCUUGCAUUAUGUGGGAUAACUGCAAACCAAGGAUUUUAUCUCCUGGGUUUGUAUUAUUUAUCUCCAACUUAUGCUUCUGCCAUACAGAAUUCGGUUCCAGCAAUCACCUUUGCUAUGGCAGCUGCUCUAAGGCUUGAGCAACUCAAUAUUAAAAGGAGAUAUGGGCUGGCAAAGGUGGUAGGAACAGUUGUUAGUAUUGGAGGCGCCACCAUUAUUUCUCUCUACAAGGGCCCUCCUCUGCUACAUCACUCCAUCAAACUAGGAGCCAUUUCAUCUGUCGACCCAAUACUUAACUGGACAUUGGGCUGUGUUUAUAUCCUUGGGAAUUGCAUUGCUUGGUCUGGUUGGAUGGUGCUUCAGGUUCCUGUGCUAAAGAAGUACCCAGCAAGGCUCUCGCUCACCACAUUCACCUGCUUCUUUGGGCUGAUUCAAUUCAUAAUAAUAGCAGCCUUCACAGAGAAUGACAUGGAGAGGUGGAAAGUCCAUUCGGGAGAAGAGCUCCUCACAAUUCUCUAUGCAGGUCUUGUGGCAUCAGGGGUUGCCUUCUCUCUUCAGAUAUGGUGUAUAGACCGAGGAGGACCUCUUUUUGCUGCAGUAUUCCAACCAGUUCAGACAGUUGUGGUGGCCAUCAUGGCAGCCAUUAUGUUUGGUGAUCAGCUAUACUCAGGAGGGAUCAUUGGAUCUAUCCUAAUCAUGGUAGGUCUUUACUUUGUUCUGUGGGGUAAGAGUCAGGAGAAGAAGGCUGGGAACCAAGAGAAGGAAAAGGACCUGACAAGGCAUCUCCUUGAAGAAGAGAACUCGCAUAAAUAUGUUGCACCAGCUGCUGAUAUCCCAUGAGAAUAGCUUCCCAAUGGCUAAUAUAUGGUGAUAUGUAUGGUGUUCUGUUGAUGUGAAUAUUCUACCAUUCCCAACACUAAGGUGUAAGCUUUAUAUGCUAUUAGUUAACCACUUCUACUCCUGUACAUGGUAAUAUGAGUUUUCACUGUUGUGGACCUUGUACAACUAUUCUGAAAAUGGAGAGAUAUGACUCAACAUUGUAUUUCCAUUAACUUCUAUCGUCAUCUGCUAUCUUGCGUUGGAAAAAAAUAGUCCUUAAUCAUAGACAUUUAUUAGUGAACAAACAAGGUAAUGCCAUUAGAGGUUUG